AAGCUUCCGCCUGCGUCCUACCGUCGCCGCCGACGGCCGCGCGCAUUAAUCAGCGCGGCAGGCAAUCAAUUCGCCUUUAUAAGCCGCGCGCACCUCUCGCCUCCAUCCGCCUCGCGUUUGCCUUGUGCGCACCACCGCACCCCCACCGCACCCAGCAGGCAGCAGCAGCAGCAGCAAUUCUCCCCGGAGAGGCGCGACGCGAGCGAGCGAGCGGUAUGGCCGGCGGCGAAGGCAUGGUGUUCGAGCCCCACGCGGGCGCGGUGGCGGGCGGCGACGUCGUGUUCUGCGCGGCCAUCGUGUGCCUGUCGCUCCUGUCCAUGGUCAUCUUCGCGGCGACCGCCGGCUCCUCCUCCUCCUCAGGCGCCGCCGAGGACGAUCAAGGGAUGAAGCCGUGGCGGCGCGGGCGGCGCGCCAACGGGCCGGUGUUCGUGGGCGGCAGGGGCUGCGGCUGCGGCGGCUGCAGCGCGGGCGCCGGCGUCUGCGGCACCUACCUCUCCUGAUCGCCCCACGGCCCCCGGCCCCGGGGCAGAGCACCCGCCGCGUCGACGCCACCGCCGAUCGACCCGGCGGUCGGCGGCGUGCACGCGCUGUACAUACUCACUCGCAUACGCGGCACCGGCACGGGCACGGCAGAGCAUGUCGUAAUAAGAAGCUCAAACCUUUGCUUCACUUCACUGAGUAGUUGUUCAUGGGCAUGGCUUUUGCUGCGCUUAAUUUCCCUUUAAUUUUCUUUUCAUUUCAGUGUUACUCCUACUACAUCAUGCUGUAAUUAUUAUACUAAUUGUUAUCUUAUCAUUAUAUAAAGAAGAGACGGGUCGCUUUUAAUUUUCUUGAA